AAAGACCUUUUCUAUUCUAUUGUUAGUACAAAGAAAAAAACUAACACAAAAAGCAUUCAUAUGCUAUUGCUAACAAUACGGUAAAGUAGGAAUGUCAUCCGGUAAGGCAAAUUUUAGAAAAGCGCUUCUUCUAAUAAAAGCUUAUCAAGCAGUGAAUUCUUCCUUUAUAGUUCCUUAUAGCAGGACAUAAAUCCUUCUAUGUUUGGAAGAAAGAACGAUAAGGCUAUGAGGGCAACAAUGAGAAGGCUGAUAAAAAAAGAAGUGAAUGAGAUUGCUGAGAAGGAACGAAAAAGAAUCAUCAUAGAGACAACUGAAGAUAACCGCGAUCAGCAGAAGAAUGGAAGCGGAACUCAGUUCCGAGCCCAAGUUCUCUUUGAAAUGACUAAAGCAUUUGGCCAAAAGGGAGAGAAUAAAGUUUUCAACAACAGCUUCCUUAAAGCCACUAAUCUUCUUUCAUAUAUACGUGAACUUUGGAAGAAGAAAAAUUCAGAGUGAUGCUUUGGAUCAAAGGGACAGAUAUGAAUAAUUAAUUAUUUAUUUGUCUAAAUUUUUUAGAUAAUUGUUUUAGGAUUGAUAGCCUUAAUUAUGUAUAUAUAUAUAAAUAAAUCCAAUGUUUAAAU